AUGUUAUAUCCAAUGAGUCAUAAGCAAUUAUCACAUCAUUUCAGUGUUAGAUAAAACGAUAAUGUUGAUGAAGAAAAUUUACCAACACCAGUUGCUGAUUCAAAUGGUGAUAUUAUGUAUGAUGAAAAAGAUGAUUAUAAUGAUUAUGCUGAUGUCAUUGAGAAUGAUAUUAUUCGACUUGUUCCACAAUUAUCUGAUGAUACUGUUGCAAAUUCAUUCAUUGAUAUUUCAUCACUACAUCCACCAUCAGAUGAAUCAUCACAAACGAAACAUGAUCUUGUACGAAAAGCAGCCACGAAUCAUUAUUUGAAUGUAGCAAAUAAGAAAAUGAAGCAUUGA